CACUAAAUUUCCCCUAGGCCUAGUUUUUAAAUUGUCGUGAGACAUGUGUCAAAAUAAGAAUACAGAAACAACUCAUUUGAGAAUUUUGUAAAUCUUACGAAAGCAGCGAAUUUUUCGUAGUGAUUAUCAUGGCUGAUGAAAGUAUUUCGGCUCCGGUCAAUACCGGGGAAGCUAGUCAAGAACCUGAAACAGGGGAAGCAAACGUCAAAAAAAUCAGCAUCACUGUGAAAUCGCAAAAGCAGAAGGAAGUAAUCGAAGUUGAGGAAACAGCGGAUGUUAAAACGUUCAAGGAAUUGGUUUCUGAGAAGUUUAAUGCGGAGAUUGAUCGUCUGAAUCUGAUUUUUGCCGGAAAAAUCCUCAAAGAUGGGGACACUUUAUCGCAGCAUAAUAUAAGAGAUGGAUUGACUGUUUACUUGGUGGUUAAAGCAGCCCCGGCGCCGGAUUCUACUUCCACUCGGCCGCCAGGUGAUGGAGCGCAGCCCCAGUCUAAUUUUAAUCCAUUUGGGGGUUUAGUAGGUUUAAGUUCAAUGGGGAUGAAUUCCACCAAUUUGGUUGAAAUACAGCAACGUUUGCAAAGAGAGAUCCAAAACAACCCAGCGAUUCUUCAAUCGUAUCUAGACAAUCCCCUCACUCAAAGUUUGAUGAACAACCCUGAGCACAUGAGGACUCUAAUAACCAGCAACCCCCAGAUGCAGGAGUUACUAGAACGCAACCCAGAAAUCGGCCAUAUGCUCAAUAAUCCUGAGCUACUGAGACAAACAAUGGAGUUGGCGCGGAACCCAUCUUUGUACCAGGAAUUACUGAGAAGCAACGACCGUGCAAUGGCGAAUUUGGAGAGCAUUCCAGGGGGAUUCAACGCCCUCCAACAGAUGUACAGAGACAUACAAGAACCCAUGUUGACAAGUCUCAGCGAGCAAUUCACUCAGAACCCCUUUUCGGGCCUUUCUGAGAGCAACAGUGCAACCAACCAACCAGACCAAAACACCCGGUCCAUCCCCAACCCUUGGACAAGCCAACCAAACUCUGACUCUCAAAACCGAUCCAUGGCCAGUGUCAUGCAACAAAUGCUGGAAAAUUCCGAUUUGAUGCAAAACAUGCUCUCGGCCCCCUACAUGCAGUCCCUGUUGGCAGCCCUGAGCGCCGACCCCGCCAUGGCUAACACGCUCCUCUCUGAGAACCCCCUUCUCGCGGGGAAUCCCGCCCUCCAGGAGCAGAUUCGCAACAUGAUGCCCCAAUUCUUACAACAGUUGCAAAACCCCAACAUGCAGAAUAUGUUGUCCAAUCCACAGGCCCUCAACGCGAUUAUGCAAAUCCAGCAAGGAAUGGAGACCUUGAGACAGACAGCCCCGAAUUUGCUCAAUCCGGCUAAUGUCACACCUGAGACUGUCACUAGUACUACUACUAGUCCCAGUGAGAGCACACCCAGGGCUACCCCCACGACAGCGCCCCCAAGUGACAAUUUCUCCGAGUUUAUGGCGCGGAUGGUGGCUGGGAUGGCCAAUCAGAGGGAGAAUUUGCCCCCAGAGCAGCGGUAUCAAGCCCAGUUGGAGCAGUUAACAUCCAUGGGAUUUACUAAUCGCGAGGCAAAUUUGCAAGCGCUAAUUGCGACGUUUGGAGAUGUCUCGGCAGCGAUUGAGAGAUUGUUGCUUUCAGAUACGUGAAAGGAUUUCUGCAUUUGGGAUGGAUGAUUUAGUCAAAUUUUGUGUUAUUUGAUUAUCUGCAUUAUAUUUAAUAUGAACUUUUUAAUAAAUGCACCCUUAGGCCGAUA